AUGGUCCGUCAACUCAAGCACCACGAGAAGAAACUUCUCCGCAAAGUCGACUUCCACACCUACAAAUCCGACGGCGGCCACCGCGAGAAUGAAAUCCGCCAACGCUACCACCUCCAAGACCCCAUGGACUACAAAAAGUACAACGCAAUCUGCGGCUCCCUGCGCCAGCUCGCGCAUAAACUCUCCCAGCUCGACCCGGAGACGGACCCCGUGCGCAAGAAGCACGAGAGCGAGAUGCUGGAGAAGUUGUGGCGGAUGGGGAUCCUCAAACAGAGUCGGGAGCAAGGGGCGGGGUUGUCGAGGGUUGAGCGUGAGGUGACGGUUUCGGCGUUUUGUAGGAGGCGGUUGGCGGUUGUUAUGGUGAGGAGUGGGAUGGUGGAGACUAUUAAGGCGGCUGUCACGUUCAUCGAGCAAGGCCAUGUUCGUGUUGGAACCGAGGUUGUCAAUGAUCCUGCUUUCCUUGUGACUCGGAACAUGGAGGACUUCAUCACCUGGGUUGACAGCAGCAAGAUCAAGCGCAAUAUCAUGCGCUACCGGGAGAAGCUGGACGAUUUCGAUCUCAUGUAG